GACAAGCGCUGUCAAACGUCAAAACAGGCUCCGCCGCGGAAUCCACGUUUGUUGCCGUCCGGCUAGCUUUCCUCCUCCUCGCGUAAAGUGCCGAUUCGCGUUAAAAAGUUUCGCGUGUGAUUUUUUAGGUGAUUAGCGGCCCCGAUUUAGCACGUCCUAAGCCAUGCCCCCGAAGAAGGUCCAGGAGCCGGAGGUGAAGCCGCUGAUUGGUCGCAUCGGCACCAACCUGCGCAUCGGCAUCGUCGGCGUGCCGAACGUGGGCAAGUCGACCUUCUUCAACGUGCUGACCAAGAGUGCGGCCCCGGCGGAAAACUUCCCCUUCUGCACGAUCGACCCCAACGAGAACAGGUAGGACAGGUCGCUCUCGCUUAUUUAAUUAGCCCCAACA